AUGCCCGAGUUGAACGUUGGGAUCUGUGGUGCCGGCAUCGGCGGACUGGCGGCAGCCAUUGCUAUCAGCAAAGCGGGUGUGAAGGUGACAGUGUUAGAAGCCGCUCCUGAGCUCGGCGAGAUUGGUGCUGGUAUUCAGAUGACGCCGAAUGUCGCCAGACUGCUCAUGAAUUGGGGUGUGGACAAAGUUAUCGGAGACGAUCUUGUUGAGUUUGAGGAGCUGAACAUGAGGAGGAAGGAUGGCACCUUGAUUGGGUACACGAAGACUAUACCGAAUGUCCGCAAGUAUGCUUUUGGUUCCUUUCAUCGCAUGCAUCUCCACGCCGGCCUCGCAGAAGUGGCUCGUCGAGAGGGCGCAAACCUCGUUAUCGAUGCUCGAGUAGUGGAUGUCGAUUGGACCUCGUCUCCUUCCAACAAGGUCACUGUCACCACUGCCAAGGGCCAAUCGUGGACAUUCGACCUGCUCAUCGGCGCAGACGGAGUCCGCUCGACCGUCCGCAAAGCCAUCAUGCCUCAGGUCAAACCGGCGCCUCCGACGGGGAACUGUGCGUAUCGAGCUCUUGUCCCUUACGACGAGAUCCGACGAGACCCCAUCGCCAAAGAACUCAUCGAGAAACGCACCAUGGAGGUCUGGAUGGCCGACAAGUCGUACAUCAUCUCCUACCCCAUCUCCGGCGGGAAAUUGUUCAACAUGGUCCUGAGUCACCACGUGGACCACCUGGUUGACGACGUCCAGGACAUCGACAUGGAAAGGGACUUUCGGCAGAAGUACAAGGACUACGACCCGCGGAUCAAGAGGAUCGUCGACAUGGUUACCUCUGCAAGGAGGUGGCCUCUGUUGGUCACGGGCCCGCUGGACAGCUGGUCGACCAAGGAGAAGAACAUCGUGCUGAUGGGUGAUGCGGCGCACUCCAUGACCAACCAUAUGGCGCAGGGUGCAGCGACCUCAAUGGAGGACGGCGCCUUCCUCGCUCGGACUCUGGCGAGGGUCGUCGAGGGCAAGCUCAACAUUGCGCAGGCGAUCGAGAUCUACGAGAAGACGCGAAUGCCCAAGGCGUACUACAAGCAGCAGGUGUCGUUUCUCAAUGGCGCCAUUUGGCAGGUCCCCGACGGGCCGAUUCAAGAGGCGCGAGACAAAGCUAUGGCGCCUGAAUUGAAAGGUGAACAAUUCAUGCGCUCUCCGAAUCUGUAUGGCGAUCCAGUGACGACAUUAAGUGUGUACAAUUAUGACGCGGAAGAAGACGCGGAAAUUGCCAUCAGGGCGUAUCUCGAGAAAUGCGAGCCGUUCGAUGUCAAGACCGGCGUCACCGACCGCGAGUUGGAGCGCUUUGUUGGGUGGUGGUGGCCGAAGGACAAGAUUCCGCUGAACGCAUCAAAGCUGUGA